UCAUAGAUAUAAAAUUGCAAAACGAUAUAUUGUUUAUCCAGAAUCUCUCUCUCUCUCUCUCUCAUUAUCCACGAAGAAGGAAGAAACCCUAGAAAGGCGGUUUGAAGAAGAAGGAUUAGAAGACAUGGCAGGAGUAGGACCGAUGACUCAGGACUGGGAGCCCGUGGUGAUCCGUAAGAAGACCCCCAACGCUGCCGCCAAGCGCGACGAGAAGACCGUCAACGCUGCUCGGAGAAGCGGCGCCGAAAUCGAAUCCGUCAGAAAACAUAAUGCUGGAACGAACAAGGCGGCUUCAAGCGGCACCUCCUUGAACACCAAGAUGCUUGAUGAUGACACUGAGAACUUAGCUCAUGAACGUGUGCCUACUGAGUUGAAGAAAGCCAUCAUGCAAGCCCGUGGGGAGAAGAAGCUCACCCAGUCCCAACUCGCUCAAUUGAUCAAUGAGAAGCCGCAAGUGAUCCAAGAGUACGAGUCUGGGAAAGCAAUACCGAACCAGCAGAUCCUUAUUAAGCUGGAGAGGGCACUUGGAGCUAAACUCCGUGGAAAGAAGUAAUAACAAAAGCUCCUCAAAAGAAAAGCUAGUCGCCGUUUCACUACAGUCUAUGCUAUAGGAACUGUGUGCCUGGUUUAAUGGUUUAGUGGAGAGUUCUGCUUGGAAUCUUUUAUGGUUUGUAAGAAAUCAAAGAAACAAAAGCUGUUUGGAACCUUUUGUCUUUAUAAAUAAUCCGCUCGUUCUCUUUGCAUAUCCU